UCUCUCUGUCUCUCUGUCUGUCCCUUAACCCACUCGCAGUCGCAGUCGUACUCUUUGGCUCUGUUAGGUGCACACAGACUAGCCGCCAACAUAAGCCGUCUAAUUGAUAAACUGCGCCAAAGCAACAAAAAGAAAAUGUUCUUCUCGCUCGCACAGACGCUCGUCUGCGUGUUGCUCAUCAAUGGCGGCCUCUAUGCACUCCAUUUGAGCGGCAACAGCGAGAAGUCACCGAUCUCCAAUUCGGGAUCAGCAGCGAGCUUAGCCUCCAACUCGGGCUCGCCAAUGGUCAGUGGCGCCUCGGGCGGCUGGCAGCCGCAACAGCAGCAGCAGCUGCUUCAUCAACAUACCGGAGGCGGAGCGCCACCUGGCGGUGGGUCUGGUCAUGGUCAUCGAUCCAUGUCGGACUCACAUCGUUCGGCGGCAGCGGCUGCUUUCGAUGCGACUACGGGCCGCUUGAAUAAGGAGAUUGCGGACAUGGCGCAACUGGAGCGAGAGCGUCUAAUGCUGCUCGGUCUGGCCAAGCAGACGGCCGAGAGUCCCGAUGCGCCGCCCGGACAUCAUGGCAGGCCAAUCAUUGCGGGACGCGUACAAAUGCAGCCCAGCGAGGAUCUCGAUGUCGGUGAUUAUCCGGCGCUGUUGCAGCAGGCCGCCAGAGGCUUUAUGUUUGGCAGCGUACACAAGCAACCGCCACCGCCACCGCUGGCUGCCAAUGCCCAGGAUUACGAGGAGUUGCGUGAGUUUGGACGUCGUCCAGUCAAAUAUGAUUAUGGACGUGAGGUGCAGCCACCGGAACCGCAUGAGCUGGACAGUGAGACAUUGUAUGAGCCACUGCAUGGCUUUGGUGACUUUGAUGAUUUCUCCGAGCUGGAGUCUAAUCCAGAGGACACGCAUGUGGGCGAGGAUGAGCUGUUGCGCGAGCUGGAUGCCUAUCAGUAUCAUGGCCUGGAAGAGGAUGCUGCAAUGCAGCUGCCAGAGAAUCCCUAUCGCACACUGGAGCAGCUCGAACUCGGUGCACCGGAGACUCUGCAACAGCUCUUCGAGCAUCAGGAGCAGCCAGCCAAAUCGAAUCCCAAGGUACAUGUACCCAUGGGCAACUACAACAUACGCAUGCAGCAAAAGUGGGCCAGAAAGCGUUCACAGACACCGAAGCAACAACAACAACAACAACCGACACUUCAGCGCAACAUUUUUGGCCAACAUUUUAAACAGCAACGCGGCAAAUUGGCUCUGGCCAAUUCCGAAGCCACCGCCAGCAAGCACCUGAAGGCAUCCGCACGUUCCGGCAGCUCAAGCUCGGCCAAGAUUGAAAAAUCCAUACAGGAUGAAAAUGGCGACAAUGUAGCAAAUCACCAGCAGCAGCAGCAAGCUAAAGAAUCAUCUGCAGCUGCAGCAGCAGCAGCAGCAGCAGGAACUGUUGUUGGCAAAGCAGAGCAGCAACAGUUGUCGCAGAAAUCGUCACAGCAGGAACAGAACAAAAAGGAUUCGGAUCAGCAGUUGACGCAUCCCAAUCACAAGAGAUCGGGCAAUGCUGGUGGCUCUCUGGGAGGCUAUGCGGCGCCUCCAGUUACCCACAGCAUUGCCAGCCAACUGAUGCUGCGCAGUCAGCGCGGCCAGCGGCAAUAUGAUGUGCCACAAAUCGAGUGCCCCACCGCAAUGGAUGGCAUGGAGCGCUUUGCAUGCCCCACACCGGAUCUGCAGGGACGCUAUCGUUGCAUAGAUGAUCAUGUGCUAUGCGAUGGCUUCAUCGAUUGCCCGGAGGGUGAGGAUGAGCAUAGAAGCUCCUGCAUGUUCUAUAAGACGACAAAAGCUCAUUUGGAUGUGUUAGCGGAUGCGUUAUUACGCUGGGCGCGGGGGCGUUAAGACCUCAAGGAUACACAUAAGGACACACACCUACACAAACUGAAAAACACACAUACUAACACACUCACACACACUUGAUUAAAAAAAAGAAGAGAACACACCUAGACAACCCACGUUAAACAUAAAUUACAAUUAGUUUUACGCUAUAUACUUAACAAUUAUCGUGCAAACCUAUUAAGUUUAAACAUGGCACUCGAACAUACACACACACACACACACAUACACACACAUACUAAACACCCAGCCUGCCCACACACUCUCAACAAAAAUAAAAGUAUUGGAGAAGAAUGCAAAGUUGAGGCAUGUAAAAUCUCCAAGUAAAACAAAAUUAAAAUGUAUUAAAAAUGGCGGCAAAUAUGAAAAGGUAUGAUUUGGAUUAUUAUUACACUAUUAUUAACUAUACAAAUAAAAAUACAAGAACAAAUAAAAAAGCAACCAAUCAAGCAGUUAUUCAAAAAUAUAAAAAAAAAAU